GCAUGAGCUUGAUUUUGGACACCAACGAUGACAGGAGAAAUCCUAAGAACCGUAUCAUGCCGCCACAUCUGAAAAUCUAAUAUUAAGGCUGUUAAUCCAUUGUCAACCCCGGACCUAAAAACAAAAACUAAAACCGGAUUAUGUCAAUACUUUAAUAUUCCGCAACUUAAUUUACAUUAGAUAUGCUCGAUCUGAGAUAUGUCAGUUCCUUUCAUGCAGCGUUACGCGAACCAAACGAUGUACAUCAAAAUAUCGCGAGAACGACUCGACAACACCGUCUGGACCGAUUACAGGAAACUGCCCUGUUGCCACUGCAGCCAUUGUUGUUCGUCGUUUUACUCCAUGAUGGUAACCUUCGCUAUUGCAUGUGUGCUGCUGGGUUGAAUUUGGAGGCAGCUGAUGGAGAAAAUGUUACCAUACAUUUGGAAACUCCUGAACUGGACAGAGCUGAUCGAGUGACGAUAGCUCUUACAAGAGAAAGUGAGAAAAAACUGAUUGCGCAGUACUGUUGCUGUGCCCAACGUGGGGAUUGUAAUGUCGUGGAAACACCGGGAGUCUCACUGCAAGUUCAAGAAGGAACCUUAACUCUUCUAGAUGUCAGCUCUAGAGACUCAGGCUUCUACGAAGCAACAAUCAUUGUUGGAAACAAUGUGUCCAAGGAGAAUGCUACACUUAAUGUCAACAAGCCACCAUUUUCCUCCAGUAGAGCACCACCACAAACCUCCAUCCCAAAACCUCCCAACUCCUCUGAACGCCAUAGAUUUGUAUUAAUUGCUCCAGUGUUCAUCUUCGUGGUCUUGGUGCUUUGUUUCUUCUGCAAAUGCAUGAAGGGACGUGAUCCAGCAGCUGCUGUUGAAGAAGCCAGAGAAACCCCUGCUGUCUCCAGACUCAGCAUCUUCAAAAAAAUGUAUAGGAAAAGAAAUUGCAGUGAUUGUGCAGCUGUUUCCUUUAAGGCUUGUAGAGGAGAUCCUGAAGAUCAGCUCAUGGAUACCUGACUUGCUACUGAGUGUUUUGACUGUAAAUGUUGACUCUCAUUGAAUCUAAAACUAAGGUGUCAAAACGUUUCUUAUCAGAAGUAGCAAAGCACAAAGCUCUUUUUUAAUUAUACCCUGACUUGAACUUUUUAAAUAUGCCAUUAAGUUCUAAACAACACUUGACUGGCGGGAUACAGGCAGCCCCAAUCAUCAGCUGUUUAUAAAUGUUUUUUAACAUCGCUUUUAUCAGUGUUCCAGUAUUCCAAAUAUUCCAGAAAAUGAAAGACAAAUGGUAGCAUUAGAUUUUCACAAGUGCUUUACAGGUUGGUGUGCAAUAUAAAUUAGAUGUCAAAUUCUAAAAGUUUUUAUGUGUAAGUUAUAUUUUAAUAUUUUUUUCACUCAAAAAUAAAGAUUUAAAGAGGAAAGAUGUCUCUCUUUCUUUGUGCCCAAUUUUUUUAUAUAAAUGUAAUGUCAAUUUUUGAUUUGCUGUCUGUGUCUAUAUUAGAAUGUUUUAGACCCACAUAUCUUUCCCACAACUUUGACUGUUUUUUUCAUCUGAUAAAAAUAUGUUAAAAAAUGUAAAAAAUAAUAAUUUCACUUUGCCAUAGUAUCAUACAUGUCAAUAAGCAUUCAUAUGAAGUUUGUGCAGUUUAGAUGAAAGGUGCUGAUUAGCACAAUACCCUUUUUUAUCUUGUCAAAAUCAGCCUUACAUGUUCAGAGCGAGCCAUUCUAUUGCGUGUUCAAUUAAAUAAAAUUAAACAUUUUACAACAGAAGGCGACGCCUU